GUGAACACUAAUGUUACCAGAUGCAAGACUUGGCGUGCUUCCCGUCCACUCUGGUAUGUGGUCUCUCGAGUCACUUCCAUAGAGCUCAGACCAUAUAAGAUGUCUCUUACCAUGAUGCAGCAGACAUAAUCUAAACUGGAGACGAGAAGAGCAACUCAGCAAAGAAAACUGUUGAACUCAGAAAUUCACUGCAACUGAAGAAGAAAAAGAAGAAAACUACAGCUGGCUUACUGGUCUACCUUCUGAUACAACAGCCACCCUGCAACUACAGUCUACAGAGUCAAGAUCAUCAUGAAUACUGCAAUGGCUGUUAUCGUUCUUCUGGUGUGCUCAGACGUCAUCUACAUGAUACAAGGGGGAGGUAUACAAUAUCCUCGAUGCCGCUGUCCUAAAGUACAUACAGGGGGGGUGAAUAUCAGUUUAAUCAGGAAACUGACCUAUUACCGUCCUCGCUCACACUGCUCUAAGGAAGAAGUCAUUGUCACACUGAAAACCAGGGGUUCGCUCUGUCUCGACCCAAAUGGGAAUUUUGCCAAAACACUGAUUGAAAGACAAAUCAAAGUAAAUCAACAGCGUCAGAAUCAACGUUCCAUUGAGACUCUCUCCACACAUGCCACCACUAGCACUUGAUCACUCUUUGUCUGGCACUGGAGGCUGUGCCAACCUGCAACCCCUCUGUUGGCUUAUCUUUGAAGUGGGGUUGGCCCCAGUCAAGUCUUGAAUGGGUGAUCGUAACCAGAUCAAAUCAAAUCAAUCAAAUCAAAUUUAUUUAUAUAGCCCUUCGUACAUCAGCUGAUAUCUCAAAGUGCUGUACAGAAACCCAGCCUAAAACCCCAAACAGCAAGCAAUGCAGGUGUAGAAGCACGGUGGCUAGGAAAAACUCCCUAGAAAAGUGGUGUUGGAGCACCAGUAGGGGGGACUGUUUCCUCUGGUCCAAAGAGACUUCAAUCAAUGAGUCGGGACAGUGAUGGGGACACUGACCUAGAAAGUGGCUGUCCUUUUAAUGUGUUUAUUAUAUGUAGGUAUUUAUAUUUUAUAUUUAUACAGUAUAGACAUGAAGGAAUAAUGUAAUAGUAUUGUUGAUAUAAAACCUGUAUUUGAUAUUUAUAGUCAUGUAUUCUUUUUUCAAAUAAAGCAAACAUUUAUGGGACAUAGAUUACUUGUUUUCUCAACAAUCUGCUCAAAAAUGAGUUGUAUGUGUACUUAAUCCAAAAGAUUGAUAUAUACAUAUCACACCUUGAGCACUGCUCUAUGGCUGUACUGUUGGUCAAAUGUAGUUCAUUUAAUUAAACUUUUAAUUAAACAGCA